AACUGAUAAACGUAGCUCCGAUUAUAAUUUACUCGUUAAAUGUUAAUAGUUUUACAGUUCUCAAAAAAUAAAUUUAAAAUCUGAUUAUAGAAUUGAAGUGUUGAAUUAAAUCUUGGUUUUGUAUUUAAUGUACCGGUUCAUUUUUUUUUCUGUUUAUUGAAUUUUUUUUAAAAUGGAUUCGAAAUCAAAAAAAUAUGAAAUUAUUGAAUUUUUGGGCGAAGGACAGUUUGCUACAGUAUAUAAAGCAAAAGAUACAGUUUCGGGAAAUAUAGUCGCAGUCAAAAAGAUUAAAAUUGGUACAGUCGAAGACGCAAAAGACGGUGUUAAUCGCACUGCCCUCAGAGAAGUUAAGCUACUUAUCGAAUUGGACCAUGAAAACAUAAUUGCUUUAUUCGAUGUAUUUGGCCAUCUAUCCAACAUAUCUUUGGUGUACGACUUCAUGGAUACGGAUCUGGAAGUCAUUAUAAAAGAUUCAUCGAUUGUAUUUACUCAGUCGCAUAUCAAAGCUUAUACCAUAAUGACACUCAAAGGGUUGGAAUACCUACACAUGAAUUGGAUAUUACACAGAGAUUUAAAACCAAAUAAUUUACUUGUAAGUAAAAAAGGCAUUUUGAAGAUAGCUGAUUUUGGCUUAGCAAAAAGAUAUGGAUCGCCAGAUCGUGUUCAUACGCACAGAGUAGUUACCCGAUUCUAUCGAUCGCCAGAACUGUUGUUCGGAGCUCGAUCUUACGGACCAGCAGUCGACGUUUGGGCCGUUGGUUGCAUAUUAGCUGAACUUUUACUCAGAGUUCCUUUUCUUCCUGGUGAAUCGGAUUUAGACCAAUUAACCAAAAUAUUUAAUAUACUUGGAUCUCCGAGUGAAGAAACAUGGCCGGGUGUCACUAAGUUAUCAGAUUAUGUUGUUUUCAAAAAGUUCCCAGCAAUACCUUUAAGGGAAAUAUUUACAGCCGCUUCAAACGAGUUAUUAGAUGUUAUCGGCAGUAUGCUCAGUGUAAAUCCAUUGGGCCGGCCUUCUUGUUCUGAAGCAUUAAAAAUGCCGUAUUUUAGCAAUCGACCACCACCUUCAGUAGGCAGCCAACUUCCGAUACCAUCGUGCCUUAGAGAAACAAACCCAGAAGAUCAAGACGCAAAAGGACAAAAACGAAAAUUUACAGAUUAUUUAGAAGGAGGCACACAACCAAAACGUUUAGUCUUUGAUAGCCUCGCAUGUUAAGUAUACGAAUCACCUUUUAUAAUUAUUAAUGAUUGUAUUAUAAUUUUUUACAAAUUAAAAUUUAUUUAGUUGUCAUUUAUA